UGAGUUGUACGACAACAAAAUGUUGGAGUUUCGAGCGCCUUUCUACACACUCGAAAUGGCACCGUCUCGUGGCAUUGACUGACGCAUGCCGCAACCUCCGUCGGGUGGUCAGCAUCCGGGAGGCGGUGGGCGAGGUGAUGGAGAAGACGGCGCAGGACCCGGUGGAGGAGGUGACGGAGGAGACGGCUCAGGAUCUGGUGGUGACGAAACAAAGGGGAAGGGCCCAGACGAAACGUCGUUGGAACCAAAGGGCUCCGGCGGAAAACGGUCCGUCGAAAAAGGGUCCGGCGGAAAGGGGUCGGGCAGAAAGGGGUCGAGCGGAAAGGGGUCCGACGGGAAGGGGCCGGGUGAAAAGGGGCCGGGCGGAAAGCGUAGAGCGUUCGGGAGUCACGAGUCUAUCGGAACUGAAAGCCGCUGCGAAAGGAGUCGAGAUUCGGACAUGCGAGACGAGGCGGCCCUGAGGUCUUAUCAAGUGCUACAUUCGCACUUGUCUGCAAGGACUUUGUUUCGUGACGACGGGGAGCGCAAAGUGCUGGAGGGGCCCGCUGCAGGAGUGUUGGAGACCGGGCCUAGCGAGUAUGAACGUUAUGCUUCGGAGGGUGCAUCCAUCGAUUUUAAGAGCAAGAGUGCAGCGGAUCCGGGGGAAGAGGAGCUGUCACAGGACGCGCAUGCUGUGCACCGGGAAGAGGAGACUCAACACUGGCCGCCUCGCAGACUGCUGGAUGAUCUCGACGCAGGAGUGUUGGAGACCGGGGCUAGCGAGCAUCUACGUCAUCCUUCGGAGGGAGUGUUUGAGACUGGUGCUAGCGAGCAUCAGUGUCAUGCUUCGGAGGGGGCGUCCGUCGAUGUUGAGAGCAAGAGUGCAGCAACUUUGGGGGAAGACGACCUCUCACAGGAAGUGCAUGAUGUGCAGCGGGAUGUCGGGUCAGGCGGAGGUGAAAGCCAGUGCGAAGGGAGUCGAGAUUCCAACACGCGAGACGAGGCCGCCCUGGGGUCUUAUCAAGUGCGAAUAGAUUCGGACUUGUCUGCGAAAACUUUGUUUCAUGACAUUGAGGACAGUCAUCGCCGCAGUAUGCAGCACGCGUGUCCUGUUCAAGACGACACCUUGCUCUUGCACCUCUUGGAAGAGGGUGAACGUCUACAACGUGCGGCGACAUCUGUUCAGGGGCCCGCUGUGGGAGUGUUGGAGACAGAGGCUAGCGAGUGCGACGGUCAUACUUUCCAGGAAACGCAUGUUGUGCAGCGGGAUGAAGAGCUUCUCCAAGGCUCGUCGGGAAAUGCCAUCAACAUCGGCGACACCGAUUUGGUUUUGCACAGUGGGUCGCCACUGAUGACGGAAGAGGGUGACAUUAAGGGAGGCAAAGAAACUGUGGGGGAAGCUCAACUUUGUGCCGCUGAGGUGUCGGCUCGGCUUCAUGUCGGUGAGGUAUCCGCUCGUCAGAUGGGUUCGGAACGGACAGAUCAUGAUUCUCUGUCCACCCGCUGCGGUGAAGAGCAAGGUGAUCGAGCGUCUGCCCUCAGUCCUGGUCGGGAAAUGGUGCUUCAUGAAGCCACGGAGUUGGUUAGCGACUCAGCUACCAUCGAGCUGGUUAGCGACUCAGUGGUGGUCGAGAUGCAGAACAUCGAAUCCUCCGCGGACGUCGGCCCAGUGGCGCGACAGGACGCCGGUUCCCCUCGAAAGACUCCCGAGCACGGUGUGAGGUUGUCAAUGUCCCUGCCCAUAAAGCCUUCACAAGCCAUGCGCGGGAAAUCGUUUUCAGGGAGGUCAUUGGCCGCUUUACCGAAGAAGUCCUCGUCAACUGUAGGGUUGUUUAAAAGAGUCCAGAUGCCUCGCCUUUCUGAGAGAGCUGUCAGGGUUCUGAAGGCUUGUGGAAUAGAUAAGGAGGAAGCUUUCCGGAAACAUAUGGCUGCGUCUAUCGACGGCGUUACUGCUUUGUCUGAUACGUCUAAUGACGACGCCAGGCGGGGUACCGUCAAAGACCCGUGUCCUAAGUACAUCGCCAAAGACAUAUUCAGCUGUUGUGCAAUUAUGUCAUUGGGUGGAGCCCUCAUUCAAACACGGAGUAUAUGGAGGGUGUCAGGGUCAGUGAUGACAAAAGUCAAGUUUAUUCCAGAAAAUGUGGCGGUUACUUUGUUCACUGUUAUUGCAACCACCACCAUCAGAUCAUUUGUGAUCUGAUGGUUAGGACGCACUCAGCCGUGAUUUUCGGUGGGAGGUCUCUGUUUUUUUUGUUUUUUUUUUUGCCUUUCUUCUGUUUUCUGAGCCCAUAAAUUCGUAAUGAACCUAUCAAGCCUCU